AUGACGCAGAUACCAUGGGAGCUCUUCGCCAGCGACGUGAACCUCCCGGAAGACUCCGGCACGUGUGCGGUGGGGAUGCUCUUCCUCUCCAAGGAGGCAGAUCUCCGCAUCGACGCGAAGAUGAAGCUGGAAAGCUCUCUUUUGCAGGAGGGCUUUGAGAUCCUCGGCUACCGGAUUGUUCCCGUCGAUGCGACUGUGCUCGGAGAGCGCUCGGCACAGACGGAGCCCUGGAUGGAGCAAAUCUUUGUGUCCCAUCCGACGGCACGGGAUGCGGAGAUGGAGAGCCUUCUGUACAUCGCGCGCAAGCGCGUGGAGGAUACGCUGUCCUAUGAGGCCCUCUACGUCGCCUCGCUGUCCCCGAAGACCAUCGUGUACAAGGGCAUGCUAAAGUCGUCGGCCAUCGUGCGCUACUACAAGGACCUGCGCGAUCCACGGUACAAGGUUCAGUAUGCGCUCUGGCACCGACGGUUCAGCACCAACACAAUGCCCCGGUGGCCAUUGGCACAGCCAUUCCGCGCCGUGGCCAAAUUGAGCUUCAGCCUUCGAGACCCAGUAAGCCCUAAACCCUAA